UCCCAUGUUUUUGUUGUAUGUCAGUUAAAAUCGUAAAAUCAAAAUAAUGGAAGAAUUUCCAAAACUCGUAAAUCCACACGAUGAUUCGGUGAUAAACAUCACAAAUCCAUCGUUCUCAAUAGGAAGAAGCCUUAGCUGUGACCACAUAAUUCAAUCCCUUGGAGUCUCACGAUUCCACUGCAUUAUAAAGAAAAAUGACAAUAAAUGGACACUCGUCGAUAGAAGCACAAAUGGCACCAUCGUUAACUCAACCCUCUACAAAUUUAACGAAGGCGUAGACUUAAAAAGCGGAGAUCUCGUGAAGCUGGGACCCGAUAAUUUAGAUUUUGUCUUCACGUUGGAUAAGCCGUCUCAUACUGAACCUGUUAUUAUGGAACCAGACCAUGUGAUAGCUGAAGAGUUUGAACACCCGUUUGAAUUAGAAGUUGCUCCAACACAACCGGAACCACAAGCCGUGUCCACAACAGAAGAACAGAAAGAUCAACCCAAGCCGCAAGUUCAGAAUGGCGACAUAAUGGAGAAUGAGCUCACUUGUAGUAUUUGUUCUGAAUUAUUCAUAAAAGCAGUCACUCUUAACUGUUCCCACACUUUCUGCAAAUUCUGCAUCGAUGAGUGGAAGAAGACCAAAUCAAAUUGCCCUAUUUGUCGCAAAUAUAUUCAAACUGUUGCUCCUACUUUAGUUUUAGAUAAUUUCAUCGACAAGUACAUAAGUACACAAAGUGAUGAGGUUAAAGAGACCCGGAUGGCUUUAAUUCAACAGAGGCAGGAUCAAAUAGGAAAGGCGGCUAGUAGUUCGAUGGCUGCAGGACCAAUGAACAUUAUUGAAAUUAAUUCAGAUAAUGAUCAGAGUGAUGAUGCUGAUGACAGUGAUGUUGAUUAUAGUGACUAUUCAGGUGAUGAGGAUUAUAGUUUCUAUAAUUAUUUUGAUGGGUCACCUCAUUCGAGGUCUGGGGGGCCGUAUUAUGGGGGGUAUGGACGGUGUUUCAUUUGUAAUCAGUCAGGACAUUGGGCUAAUGGGUGUCCGUUCAAAAGGCAUUGAUUUUCGUUUUCUUUCUUGUAUAUAUUGAAAAUAACAAAUAUAAAUAAAUAUAGUAGUUACUUAUCGUUAAUGAAGAAUUGUAACAGUAAGUUAAAACUACCAAGAACCAUCACAGACACAUGGAAAAUUAAUUGAGGGGUUGUUAAUUUUCCUUCUUUCCUCAAACUGGCUAUUUUUAGGAGACUCGGUAGCAUGAAGAUGUAAACAAGCCCACUUAAUGCUCCUGUGUAUCUGAAAUAAUAUUAAAUUGUUAUUUUUGUAUUAAAAA